UUCCUGCCCUUCCAGGCUCCUCCUCCUCCCCACCCCUUUAAUAGAUCCUUAAGUGGGCUCCCGCCACCUGCCAGGCUCACCCUGCACCUUCACCAUGGCGUUCAUUGCCAAGUCGUUCUACGACCUCAGUGCUAUCAGCCUGGAUGGGGAGAAGAUAGAUUUCAAUACAUUCCGAGGCAGGGCAGUGCUGAUUGAGAACGUAGCAUCGCUCUGAGGCACAACCACUCGGGACUACACCCAGCUCAACGAGCUGCAAUGCCGCUUUCCCAGGCGCCUGGUGGUUCUUGGCUUCCCUUGCAAUCAAUUUGGACAUCAGGAGAACUGUCAGAAUGAGGAGAUCCUGAACAGUCUCAAGUACGUCCGCCCUGGGGGUGGAUUCCAGCCCACCUUCACCCUUGCCCAGAAGUGUGAUGUGAAUGGUCAGAAUGAGCAUCCUGUCUUCGCCUACCUGAAGGACAAGCUCCCCUACCCCUAUGAUGACCCAUUUUCUCUCAUGACCGAUCCCAAGUACAUCAUUUGGAGCCCAGUGCGCCGCUCAGAUGUGUCCUGGAACUUUGAGAAGUUCCUUAUCGGGCCGGAGGGGGAGCCUUUCCGGCGCUACAGCCGCACCUUCCAAACCGUCAACAUCGAGCCGGACAUCAAGCGUCUCCUCAAAGUUGCCAUAUAGACGCGGGCUGCUCAGCACACAGAUCUCCUACUCCAUCCAGCCCCUGAGUAUCUCUCCUUAGGAUUCAGAGUGUCCUCGGGAGACACUGCUGGACCUGAGCUGCCCCCUGAGAUCGUUCUCCUUCCUCAAAGAGCCUUGCCUUUCCUAUCAGCCUGUUUCUCUCCCAACCUUCUGGUUGGUGAUUCAACUUGGCCUCCAAGACGUAGGCGAGCUCUGGGCCUUCACAGAAUGAUGGCACCGUCCUCAACCUGUAUGGGCGGGGUCUGAGACAUGUGAAGAGCCCGUGCCAGCCUGCUAGCCGAGUCCAAUAAAUGGCAGGUGUGGAAAUGGCCA